GCCUCCCCGCCACCGCUCCUGAAGGAUUUUGCUCGAUUUUUGUGGAUGAGGGUUGUGGAGCCGGUGCUUCCUUGGGGAGAUGCAGCAGCGUAAGGUCGGCCUGAGCCCCGAGGUACCCGGGCUGGGGUCAGGAGGCUCCGUCCUGUCAGGGGGCAGGCAGAAGCAAUGGCAUGGAGAAGUCACUCAGGAUCUCCGAAACCAACUUGUUCAUAAAUUAGUCCAAGCCAUAUUUCCUACUCCUGACCCCGCAGCACUGAAGGAUCGGCGUAUGGAGAAUCUGGUGGCAUAUGCUCGGAAAGUGGAAGGGGAUAUGUAUGAAUCGGCAAACAGCAGGGCAGAGUACUAUCACUUGCUAGCGGAGAAGAUCUAUAAGAUUCAGAAGGAGCUGGAGGAGAAACGAAGGACCAGGCUGCAGAAGCAAAACAUGAUCCCAAAUGCUCCAGGCAUGCCGCAGGCUCCCAUGAAUCAAGGGCCCAAUAUGGGACAGCCCCAGCCAGGGAUGUCUGCAAGUAAGAACAGUUGGGUUACUGAAUACCUGGUGCAGGGGAAUCCUCUACUGUCGUGGUCACCAUGGUCAGGCUGGUCACCAUUUCCCUCUUUUCAUUUCACAGUUACCUUUGUAAAGUGUUUACUAAUUUGUAAAAUUAGUCUGCUAAAAGUUAAGCAGAAUACUUCUUUUUUUUAUUUAUUUCUUCUGUUUGCUUGUUGGUUUUCCGAGCUUUUCUACCUUACUUUCCUUUUUCAAAGACAGUAUCGUGAACGUAUGACCAAGGGCUACAAGUCAUAAGCAUUUUUUCUUCAAAAUGGCUGCCAGUGCUGAUGACAGAAAUGAAACCCUUGCAAUGUUUUUUGUUUUCUUACGGUGUCGGCAUAGGAAGUGAGAGCAAAAGCAUUACUAAAGCUCUGUGUGACUUCCCACCAUGCUGAAGAAUUUGGAAGCUGGCCCUGUAAGGAGAAUGGCUGCCACUUGGUGCUGAAGUGAAACUAGGCCCACAGACUGCCAGGAUUCUCAUGAGCUCUUUGAAGUAACAGAGUAGAAGACUAAAAAAGGAGGCUCUGGAGGAGCAGCGGAUGAAUUUAUGAAGCCUGGGGACCUGGAGCAUGAGCUCCCCACCCCAGAGCAUGGGCGAGGGGACAGUCCCAGUAGAUGAGCACAAAGAGCCAGUGUGCCAAGGCUCCUAAAGGAAAUUGUGGUGAUAAGGGAUAGAGCUGCUGCUGAAGUACAGAAAGCUUCUCCAGCUGCACAGCUUGGAGCUGAGCACCUGUGUCCAGCUCUGAGAAAGCAGCCUGGCCUCUGUCCUGCAGGAAUAAUCCCCCCAUUGCAUCGUGGGCUCCGGUGCUUUCACCUGACAGCAGCCUUUUUAUAAUGAUCUUUCUAAAAUUUUUACUUCAGGUGGCAUCAAAACAGAGACAAGGCCCAGAGCAGCAGUAAGGAAGGAGAUAGGAAAAGUGAAAUCUAAUCUUAGGUUUGGGGUUUUGGUUUCUUGAGAUUGUCAGUGCUGUUAUAUCCCUGAAGAAAGGAGCUGGCUUUACAAAGACGUUACGAUUAAUGUUACAUAGCGAAGUUUUUAUUAUUAAAGAGAAUAUAAGUAUUCCUUAACCAAUUUGAAUUUGAUUCAAAUUAAAAUGAAAUUAUUUAAAUACUGUUAUUUAUUGAAAAGGUUUACUUAGAACUGCAAUGACAAAUGAACAGCCACAGGAUGGGGACUGCCUUUAAACCUGUUCUGUGUCAAGGCAGAACUCAUUUUUGCUUAAGCUUUCAUGAAGCCUUGAGCCAGCCGGUCUGUGACGUAAGGAAGCAGUGCUGCUUGUUGUGCUCUGGGAAGGAAGCGGGAGAUGUGCACCAGCAAUAGCUCAUAAUGCGUUACAUGAAUGAUUACUGCAGCAGAAAGAUUUAAUGAACCUUUAAUUUUGUAUCUGUGUCUUUUCUGGAAACAGCUUUGUUGUCUGUCAUGCAGUGCACUGUCUGGCAGUAUUUAUACAAGGGAGUAACAGCCUUUAUAAUUUAUUAUCAACUACAUUAUUUAAAUACUUUAAAAGCAAUUUUCUGUUUCUUAACAGCGCUGUGGGAUUGUUUUUGGAACCUGAACCUGGAGGACCCCUGAUGCUACAGAAAUUUGCUGAUGGAGUUGCACGCAGCAGGCUUUGCAAGCUCGCCGCCACUGUCCCUCUAUAAUUAGGCUGUGACCCCAGUCACUGCCCAGGGUUCUAAGCAUGGUUCACACUGAUAGUGACACUCCUUUGCGUUUAGAUCGACAGGCUGUAGCCUCGUGUUAGUGCCUUUGGAUUGUCUGGAAGAGCAAUCCAUGCAUAUCUGUAACAUAGGUAAGCCUCUGGAGUGAACCUUCUCCAUGCUGCCUUACUUUCGCCUGCAACUAAGGCCGUACUGUCUGCACAUGAGAGGAACUGUGCGUAUGCCUCACGCAUUACUUGUUUAGCUCCUCGCUACAAGGUCUGUACAGAGUAGGAACAUUCAGUACAGGUAGGGGGUUUUUUUCUUUUUUCUUUGUCAACACAAUGAAGGUGAUAACAAAAUAAAAGGGGUAGAAUGGGAAAUAGAACUAACUGCAGGGGACGUACCUUUUGAGUAAGAGAGAAUCGAUGCCAGAGACAUACAGUGAGACACUUGCUUCUUGGCUGUUCUUGACAGCGAGCUGGGGUGAGGGAUGUUGCUACCAGUACCGCUAAGACCACACUACUUUUCCAUGGGGGAAAAAAAAGCCAAAAGGGAGAGGAGCAUUCAUACUACGACAAAUCUAUGCUAUAAAUGCAUAAAAAUUUUAAAACCAAUUGCAUAGCACAGUAAACACUUUAAGGCCUCUUUUGUAUAGGUAAUACUUUCUUUGCCAAAUAAAACAUCUAUUUUUGCCUGA